AUGGUCCUAUUAAGAGGAAUAGGAGGCGAAGAGGCGGACGAUUUGGUUCUUGAUUGCCAUGGUGAGUUUUGUUGUGGUUUUGCGGUUGUUGGCUCAAAUGGUUCCGAUAUUUUGGGAAUUGAGUUGGCGGCUAUUUGUAGCGGGCUACUUUUGGCAACUUCUAAAGGUAUGGUUUAUUUGAUUGUCGCUUCUAAUUCACAAGAAGCUGUGAAUAUGAUUAAUAGCGCUAAUGGGUGGUUGAGUAAUGUGGGUAAUCUAGUUGAUGAUAUUCGAAUGUUGCUGGUGCAGUUGGGUAAUGCAAAGGUGGUUUAUCAACCUUAUGAAGGAAGGGGUGGGUCUAAUAUGUAUUCAACCUUUACUAGGAAAAGAUAG